GUUCAGUUUAAAGAUAGAAGAAACAAUUGAUGGGUUUUAUUACUAGAUCAACCCAAAAUAGAUUGUUCUCUUUUGGGUAUGAAAUAUAUUUAUUUUUUGAAGAAAAGAACUAACUAGAAUUGCAAAGUUGGGGAUGAACUACCCCUCGGCUAUGAAAUUUUAACAAAAAAAAUUAGAAUAGAAGCCUAGUAGGGAGGGAAUUAAUGGGUAGCUAGAGUCUAGUUAGUGUAAGAAGGAAUUAUUAUUACAAAGAGAAGGCAAGUUGGAGGUUAGAGAGAGAAAGCUAGAGAGAGAGAGAGAGAGAGAGAGAGAGAGAGAGAGAGAGAAGUGUAAGAUGCUUUCGGUUAGGCCUGGCCUCGUCUAUAUGCUUUGUUGUUAACUAGACCCUUAUAAUUCUUCUCUCCCUUAUUACCUUUUCGCAACCAACCUAAAAAAUCCUCUCUUGCAAACUCUUCCUUGUUCGUCGUAGGUUCUUUGUUUUGUUCCGUUCUCUGUCUAUCCUUUCUUAUAUUCAGAAAGAUAGAAAGAGAGAGACUUUUUAAAUUUUACGUUAUUGGGUUUGGUUGAAGGGAAAAUUAAGAAAUGUGGGAUCUCAAUGACUCUCCUGAUAUUCAACGUCCAAGAGACGAUGAAUCCGAAGGUUGUUAUUCACAGAAGACCUCAAUCGACGGAGAAGAUUUUAAUAAUAAUGAGAAGGGUAAGCGGGUCGGAUCCGUAUCCAAUUCAAGCUCCUCUGCAGUUGUAAUCGAGGCUGGAUCGGAGGAAGAAGAUGGAGUUGAUAGAGGAGGCAGAAUCAAAAAGAGGAGUAGCAAGAUAUUCGGAUUCUCAGUCGAGGAGGAGGAAGAGGAAUACCCUCCUGUGACCCGACAGUUCUUCCCGGUUGAUCAAGACCCGGAAAUGGGGUCCAGUUCAGCUUUUCUCGUUGGUGGUGGCAGUAGUGGCGGAGUCGGAGUUGGGUUCCCUCGGGCCCACUGGGUUGGAGUCAAAUUCUGCCAAUCCGACCCGUUACCUGUUCAGAAACCCAUGGAGUUCGUCCAGCAACCAUUGAAGAAGAGCAGGCGUGGACCCCGCUCUAGAAGCUCACAAUACAGAGGCGUCACCUUCUACCGGAGAACCGGCCGUUGGGAGUCUCAUAUAUGGGAUUGUGGGAAGCAAGUGUAUCUAGGUGGAUUUGACACCGCACAUGCAGCUGCCCGGGCAUAUGAUAGAGCAGCUAUCAAGUUCCGAGGAGUAGAGGCAGAUAUCAAUUUUAGCAUUGAAGAUUAUGAGGAAGAUCUUAAACAGCAGAUGUGCAAACUUACAAAGGAAGAAUUUGUUCAUGUACUUCGCCGACAAAGCACCGGGUUUCCGAGAGGGAGUUCUAAGUAUAGAGGAGUAACCUUGCACAAAUGUGGGAGAUGGGAAGCAAGAAUGGGCCAGUUCUUGGGCAAAAAGUAUGUGUAUCUGGGCUUGUUUGAUACGGAGAUCGAAGCUGCAAGGGCUUAUGACAAAGCAGCGAUUAAGUGCAAUGGCAAAGAGGCUGUCACGAACUUUGAUCCGAGCAUUUAUGAUAAUGAGAUUGACUCGUCAGAAUGUACUCAAGGAAAUGCACCGGACCACAAUCUUGAUUUGAGCUUGGGAAGUUCAGCUUCUAAGCAAAACUGUCAAGAAUGUGUGAACGAACCGCGAAAUGCAGCAAUGGAUCAUCAACAGUCUACCUCUACACCUUUCGAACCCGAUUUGCAAGUUCGGGGAUUUAGGCCUGCGCUUAAUUUUCAUCAAGAACCAUAUCGGAGCGUCAAUGGGUACAGUGAGGAGGAGACAGUACAGCUUCUAAGCCAAACCCACCUCCAAUCUCCAGCAGCCUCAAUCAACAAGUCAAAUGAAAUGCAAAGAUACGGACAUUUCAGCAGACCUGGAGAUAGGCCUAUGCUUCAUGUAUAUCCCCAACAUUUGCCAGCACCAAACUAUCAAAUUCAGUUUCCGAGCAGCAGCAAUGGAGGCAAAAUUGGGAGUGAUCUAUCGCUAUUGACAACCGAUCAUGAACAUCAACAACAAUGGCAAACUUCAGGUCAUUCUCAAUUGUUUGCAACUGCUGCAGCAUCAUCAGGAUUCCAGCAGCAGAAUUUUAGACAACAAAGUUGGCUGCACCAGAAAAAUGGGUUCCACUCUCUAAUGAGACCCUCCUAAGUUCUCUUAUUAUAACCCAUCUAAUCAUCAUAAUAUGUUUUAUAUUAUCUUGCAUCCUGCUUUGUCAGCAUGUACAAGAAAAAUGUCCAUGCAUGCUUUGAGAAUAGGAGAGAUAUCGAUCGGUCUUGGAUCAAACUAACCAGGUAAAAUUCAUAUAAUCUCUUGCAAUUCUCUUAUGUAAUAUGAAAACAAAUGUUUGUGAGAGAUGUGGCCAUGAAUGUAAUUGAUUUCCCAUCGAAGGGAGUGGGGGGAAUUCAGGUAUACAAAAAUAAGAAUUUGUGUAUUUGUAUUGUCUUGGAAAUACCAAUGGAUGGUGAUGAAUGGUCAAUGUCAGUUGCGUCCUUUGAAUCGA